GCUCAUCAGGAGCGGCAAUGAACGCUCAAGCUGCUAGUCCUCGAGAGCCGGUGGUGCCGCGGCCUCCCCGGAGGAGCCUCAGCUACCUCUCGGAUCUCUAUCAGCACAUGCUGGGGGACGAAGCCGUGCGGGGUGCCGAGUGGAGGCGGUGCCAGCCGCUACGGAGCAGCAACAGUUCGGGUCUUCUGGAAGUUUCGGCCGACGAGGAGAUGCGACGGAGACCUCCCCAGAGUAACACGGUUACAAGCUGUGACCCGCAACUGAGGCCUAUCAUACGUCGCCGGGCCAGGUCUUUGCCCAGUUCUCCAGAGAGGAGGAGGACCGCAGCGGCCCAGUGCCGGGUCCCGGGGUGCAGCACCCGCAGGAACCGGGUAAGGUUUGCGGAUGCUCUAGGCUUGGAGCUGGCCGAAGUGAAGGUCUUCCAAGCUGGGGAGGAUCCCUCGAUUCCCCUGCACGUGCUGUCCCGCCUGUCCAUCAAUUCCGAUCUGUGCUGCAGCAGGCUGGAGCUGGAAUUUACCAUGCAGUGCCUGGUGCCCGACUUCCAGCAGCCCGCCGACUUGGAGGAUUUCCCCAGCCGCCUCCAGCAGCAGCGGGUGUGCCUGGAGCGAGUCAGCAGUUCGGAUUUGGGCCUGAAUGGAACUGUAAGGGUGGUGAACGUUGCCUUUGAGAAGCAGGUAGCCGUGCGCUACACCUUUAACCACUGGAGAAGUCAGCAUGAAGUGAGCGCCCGGUGGCACAGCAGUGCCCCUGGGAAAGAUGGGCAGGGUCAAGUAGAUGCCUUCACCUUUUUCCUUCCGGUACCUCCUUUCCUCCUUUGGGUUAGCUCGGUGGUGGAGUUUGCAGUCCGGUACCGAGUCAACGGCCAGGAGUAUUGGGAUAAUAACGGAGGCAAGAACUACAGCCUCACCUGUAGGGGUCAUCCCCUGAAGGUGCCCAGAGAAUGUGAGGAGAGCUGGAUCCACUUCAUCUGAUGCCGUCAGGCCCCUGCUCAGCUGGCCAGCCUUACCUGCCUUUGGCACUUCUUCCUUCCUUGAAGCACCAAAGAAACCCUUUGGAGUAAAUCUGUCCAAAAGUUAUUGGGAAAAGGGUUUUCUAAACCCCAAAAAACCUUGAAGGUUAUUCAUUACCUGCAUUGAUUUGCACUCAAAUGCGACUUUUUUCUAAUGUGCAUUAUUACUGCCCACAGGAUGCUGUAAGGAGACAUGAGCCAUUUUUGGUUGCUGGUUCGAUGGAUUUUUCAGCAGCACAGAAUGUGCUCAAAAGAGUAUUUUUUUAAAAAAGCUUAUUUUUGCACUCUUGUCUAUAAUUUUGCACUUCGAGGCCGUGUGUUUGCACUUUAACAACCGUUUGUUUUUACUUCACUUUUAGCCCGCCUUGCUCCCCAAGGGGGGGACUUGAAGCGUCUUCCUCUCCUUUGUGUUAUCUUCGCAUCAACUCUGUGGGGUAGGCUGGGCUGAGGGUGUGUGACUGGCACAAGGUCACCCAACAAAUGGGCACAACUUCAUCGCAGAACAAAUUCAGCAGAGCCUGGGAUGCAAACUGGUACAAAGGGGUUGUUCAGAAAUACGAGAAACGCUGGAUUAAAGAAGCAGAUCUAUAUUGUGGAUUUGUGAAGAAAAAUAAAACAGCCUGGUUGAAA